AUGAGAUCUUCCAAUUCAACCAAAAUGGCCUCUCCAUCUUUCUUCUCCGUCUUCACUCUCUCCCUGAUUUGUUGCUUUUCCUUGAUUCUUGCUCAGCAGUCUUACCUCGGCCUGGGCACAGCAGACUGUUACAAUAAUAAUUAUACUACUGUUCUUGGUUACACCUGUAAUGGUGUAAACACCACCUGCCAAACUUACCUCAUCUUCAGAUCAGAAUCCCCAUAUAACAAUGUUUCUUCCAUCUCUGAUCUCUUGGCUUCUGACCCAUCUCAGCUCGCUCAAAUCAAUUCAGUAACUGAGACUGCUACUUUUGACACAAACAAGGAGGUGAUUGUUCCUGUCAACUGCUCUUGUUCAGGUAACUACUCUCAGACAAACACAUCUUAUGUUGUUAAAAAUGGAGACUAUCCCUUAUGGAUUGCAAACAAUACUUUCCAAGGCCUCUCAACCUGUCAGGCUCUCCUAAACCAAAACCCUUCUGUAAGUGCUACAAAUCUAAAUCCUGGUACUUCAAUUACUGUUCCUCUCAGGUGUGCUUGUCCAACAAAGGCCCAAAGCGAUGCGGGUGUCAAGUAUCUAAUGAGUUACCUGGUCGCUUAUGGUGAUACUGUUUCAGCUAUAAGUGGGAGGUUUGGUGUCGAUACUGAAAGGACUCUUGAAGCUAAUGAGCUUUCUGAGCAAGACACCAUUAAUCCUUUUACUACCCUUCUAAUUCCUCUGCAAAAUCCACCUUCAAGCUCCCAAACCAUAGUGCCACCACCACCGCCACCGCCACCUCCACCUCCAUCUGCUGUAUCUUCCCCCAGUGGAAGUUCAAAGAAGACAUGGGUGUAUGUUAUUGUUGGAGUUGCUGCAGGAGUUGUUCUUCUUUUGUUCUUUGGCUAUGUCAUUUUCGUAAAAUUCUUCAGAAAAACCAAGAAGAAAAAUGAUCAAAUUGCUGUCUCAGAGAGCUUUAAACCACUUGAAAAACCCCUCAAGGUGGAAGAACAUGAGUUCUUCGAAAGUAUAUCCAGCAUGGCACAAUCCGUCAAAGUUUACAAAUUUGAGGAACUACAAUCUGCAACUGACAAUUUCAGCCCAAGUUGUCUGAUUAAGGGAUCUGUUUAUCGUGGCACAAUUAAAGGGGAUUUGGCUGCCAUUAAGAAAAUGGAUGGAAAUGUGUCAAACGAAAUAGCUUUACUAAGCAAGAUCAACCAUUUUAAUGUCAUCCGCCUCUCUGGCAUUUGUUUUAAUGAUGGGCAUUGGUAUCUAGUUCAUGAGUAUGCUGUUAAUGGAUCCUUGAGUGAUUGGAUCUAUUACAACAACAAUGAUAGGAGAUUCUUGGUUUGGACGCAGAGAAUUCAGAUUGCUUUGGAUGUGGCCACAGGGCUUAACUAUCUCCAUAUACAUGUCAGCCCUUCUUAUAUCCACAAGGAUAUGAAAAGUAAUAAUGUGCUUCUCGAUGGGGAUUUCAGGGCUAAGAUUGCUAACUUUGAUCAGGCAAGGUCAGCAGAGGGGCAGGAAGGUCAGUUUGCCUUGACGAGGCACAUCGUUGGGACAAAGGGUUACAUGGCUCCAGAGUAUCUGGAGAAUGGUUUGAUCUCCACAAAGCUCGAUGUCUAUGCGUUUGGGGUUCUCAUGCUGGAGAUAUUUACUGGGAAAGAAGUUGCCGCUCUAUAUGGAGGGGAAAGCAUACACUUAUCAGAGGUCUUGGCUGCUGUGCUUCAUGAGGAUGACGGAAAGGAGAAAUUGGGGGACUUCAUAGAUCCGUCUUUAGAUGGGAAUUAUCCUCCAGAACUUGCCAUUUUUAUGAUCAGAUUGAUAGAUAGCUGCUUAACGAAAGCUCCAGCAGGUCGCCCAGACAUGGAUGAGAUAGUGCAAUCCCUAUCAAGAAUCUUGGCCUCUUCACAAGCCUGGGAAUCGUCUAAUAAUGGUGCAGGAUAACAAAAUUAUAGUGAAAGCUUUUGAUGGCAUUUACAGUAUGGUAGGGUCGGUUUGAUUUCAAAGUCUUAAUUUUGUAAUAUUUCGUGUAUUUCUUUCAGUUUUCCUUGGUAUGAUGCAUAAUUCAAUUCAGAUGCAAUUCAAUCUC